AUGAAAGUCACCCCUUUGACCAAGAUAAUAUUCCUCUCCGGGUUUCUUGCGGCUGGGUUCCUGCUGAUCAUCCUGUCGUGUGCUCUGUGGUCCAAUUGGUAUCCUCUCUAUGUUGUUGGUAUCUUUCUGCUGGCACCUUUGCCGAACACCCUGUUCACACGCUCCGAAUUUGAUGACUUCAUGAGUGACUCUUCAAGCAAUACAAACGACUUUGCAAAGUUCAUCACCGCCUUCUUAGUGGCCAGUGGCAUCGCACUGCCACUGGUGCUAUACCACACCAGACUCGUCGUUCUGCCUGCAACCAUAAUGAGCACCAGCGGCGGCCUACUGAUCUACACGUCGAUUAUCGUCUUCACCCUGUUCUUUCAGGAUAGCGAGGAUGAGUUCUAA